AUGGCACAGCUUCUCCACCAGCUUGUCUUCGUCCUAGUUAUCUUCCAUUUUUCCAUGGCAACUGACACCUUGUAUCCUAACCAGUCCUUACAAGAUGGCCAAACACUAGUCUCAGCCAAAGAAACCUUUGCUUUAGGGUUUUUCAGUCCUGGCAGCUCAAAGAACCGAUACGUGGGUAUAUGGUACAACAAGCUACAAGAACACACCGUUGUUUGGGUUGCCAACCGGGGCAGUCCAUUAGCAAGCACCAAUGGAACCAUGGAACUCAACAACAAUGGCACUCUCACCAUCAACUCCAUGAUCUUCUUGCCCAUGCCCUCAGUGAACCUUACCACCCCAGUGGCUCAACUCUUAGAUAACGGCAACUUUGUUAUCAGAGAAGCCAUUAACAGCAGCGAGUACGCUUGGCAGAGCUUUGACUACCCAACAGACACCCUUCUCCCCGGCAUGAAGCUGGGAUGGGACUUGACAACUGGUCUUAACCGCAAUCUCAUUGCGUGGCGGAGCAAUGACGAUCCAUCUGCAGGGCCCUACGCUGUAUCCAUGGACCCAAGAGGUGAUCCUCAACUCAUUGCUUGGUCCGGUUCAGUUAAGAGCUGGAGGUCCGGGCCAUGGAACGGUAUCGAGUUCAGCAACAUACCAGAAAUGUCGAACUACAAGGGUUUCCAGUUUUAUUUCGUUAAUAACAAAGACGAAAUUUACUACAUGUAUGACAUGACAGACCCAACGAUUGUGACUCGGUUGAUGGUGAACCAAUCUGGCAUGGUGGAAAGGUUCAUGUGGAUUGAAAGCGCCAGCUCGUGGUAUCUCUUUUGGUACGCACCCAAGAGCCAAUGCGAUCAGUUCUCGCCAUGCGGGCCAAACGGCCUGUGUGAUCUCAAUGGUUGGCCCAGGUGCAGCUGCAUACAAGGGUUCACGCCCAAGUCACCGCAGGCGUGGGCUCUCAGCGAUGCCUCAUUGGGCUGUGUGCGCCGUACGGAGCUGGAUUGCCGGAACAAGUCGGACGGGUUCUUGACUAUCAGCCAUACGUCACUGCCGGAAACGUCAAUGGCACUGGUGGACAUGAACAUAAGUAGUCUGGAUGAAUGCAGAGCAACGUGUUUGACGAAUUGCUCGUGUACUGCUUAUGCCAGUGCUGACAUCCGUGCUGGUGGAACCGGGUGCAUUAUUUGGGUCACUGACCUCAUCGGCCUGGGAAGAAGGUACCCUAACACUGGCCAGGAUUUCUUUGUUCGGCUCGCAGCUGCCGAUCUAGCUUCAAUGUCAAGCAAGUCUAGCAAGAAGAAAAUUGUGGUUUUGAUCACUGUUUGUUCAGUGGCUAUCCUUUUCCUUUCAUUGAUUGGCAUUUGUGCAUGGAGAAUGAAGAUGCGAAAAGCUUCUGUUGCCCAAAAUCACGAAGAGGAAGAACUAAGUAAAGAGGAUGAACUAGAACUGCCACAAAUUCAAUGGAAUACUUUGAUGGCGGCUACUGCCAAUUUCACAGCUGAAAACAUUCUAGGUGAAGGAGGCUUUGGCCCUGUUUACAAGGGUAAGUUAGCAGAUGGCCAUGAAAUAGCAGUAAAGAGACUCUCAAGGAAUUCAUCACAAGGUCUUAAUGAGUUCAAAAAUGAGGUUAUUUUGAUGGCCAAGCUCCAACAUCGUAACCUUGUGAGGCUUUUGGGCUACUGCAUUCAAGGAGAGGAAAGAAUGCUUGUCUAUGAGUACAUGCCCAAAGGAAGCUUGGACCUUUUCCUAUUUGACAACGAACAACGAGGACAUUUGGACUGGCAAAUACGUUUACAAAUAAUUGAAGGCAUUGCUAGAGGUCUUUUGUAUCUUCAUCGGGACUCAAGAUUCAGGAUCAUUCAUAGGGAUCUCAAAGCUAGUAACAUCCUACUUGAUAAUGAAAUGAAUCCCAAAAUUUCAGACUUUGGCAUGGCUAGAAUUUUUGGAGAAAAUGAUACUUUAACCAAGACAAGAAAAGUUGUUGGCACAUACGGGUACAUGGCUCCAGAAUAUGCAAUGGAAGGGAUAUUCUCAGUGAAAUCAGAUGUGUUUAGUUUUGGGGUAUUGGUCUUGGAAAUUCUGAGUGGUCAAAGGAAUUCAGGAAGUUAUUGCUCAGAGUCACAUCCUUACUUACUAGAAAAUGUAUGGCGCUUAUGGAACGAAGGAAAAGCCUUAGAUUUAUUGGAUCCAUUAAUUGGCAACUUAUUUCUAGUGACUCAAGUUACGAGAUAUAUAAAUAUAGGUCUUUUGUGUGUGCAAGGAAAGCCUGAAGAUCGGCCGACUAUGUCAUCGGUGGUUGUUAUGUUGAGCAACAAUGAUACGCCAUUGCCAAAUCCUAAACCACCUGGUUUUACACCUAUUGUUUCUGCUAGACCAGAUCCUACCCAAAAUCCACCUGACAAAUUAAGAUAG